AUGGCAACAACGACCAUUGUCCGCUCCCAGCCACCACUAACACGACCUCCUGAUCAGCUACAUAUAGCCUAUCAAUCGAUUGUCGUUGCCGACAGCUCUCAAUCAUGGAGAGCCACAACGGGCAAAGACAAGCAUGCGAGCCGCAGCUGUAGCGUGUCUCAGUCCACGAAGAUCGCCAGGGGCUCAAGCCGAACAUCUGAGCACCCAUGGCCGCCAUAUCGGCACGCACCUGGCAAUUCACCUCUCGAACGUCUGCCUACCGAGAUCUUGCAGGGAAUUAUAGAUAUGGUGGCUAUGAAAAAGCCGGCUCUCGGGGGCCGAUCUCAACAAUACAGCAUACAGUCGCUUCUCAAUACUUCGAGGAUCCUGUACUCUGUCACUAUCCGCGCCCGUUACGAGCGCGUGACCAUCCACGACUCAAAGGUCUUCCGCAAGCUACUCUUCGCCUUGCGCGGUAUUCCGGGAUUCGGUCCUCUCGUCCGUCGCAUAGACUUCAGCCCAUUUAACCCCAUAGUGCUCUUUUCCUCGGCCAAAGAGCGCUUGAGCGCAGAUAACCUGACACCGAAAACACUGAUUCAGUGGUUGAACUUAGCACCCAACCUGCGCGAGUUCGUGGCUCAGGAGCACAUAGAUGAUGAGAUACACGUCAUGGUCAUAACCGACAGAAAUAUAACCUUUUCUGUUUCGCGCUUGUCAUUGCACCGCUGCGACAAUCUGCCUCCUGCAGUGUUUGAUCAGCUACUGCAUCGGAUGAGCGCCCUUACCCAUCUCGAUCUUGCCGGCACGAAAGUCUCUGAUCAGGCUCUGCAGUCGAUACCGCACUCGGCGCGAAUUACGCAUCUGAAUCUGUCCAGGUGUAAUGAUUUGACAGCCAACGCUGUCCUCGAGUUUUUGCGGAGCCGUCCCAGCGUAAAAGAUAGCCUAGUCGUCCUGAACCUUGCAGUCGACUUCCGUACUCGAUGCGGGCUUAGGGACAAUGAUGUCUCGCAGCUAUUGAUAAGCUUGCCACGGAGCUUACGGUCGUUGAAUCUGAAAGGCAGCGAAAUGGGCUCAGCACAUAUUCUGCUUCUCCGGGGGCUUAUGAACCAUCUUCAUGAGCUUGCGCUAGGUCGAGGUUUGACAGUCGCUGAUAUGGAGAGGUUAUUCGUGGCUGAUUCUCGGGUAUUUAACCGGGAUGAAGAUGCUCAGUGUUCUGCAACACCACCAGCUACUCUCUCGUCACACACAUUGAGGUAUCUUGAUCUUUCCGAUUAUGUCGGUCAAGAGCUGGACCUGGGUGCUCUGUUCUCCUCCGAAUGCAGUAUCAUGCAAAGCCGUUCGGCUCCCCUCUCCGUAGUCGAGACCGUGGUCGAAUCUGGCUGCCGAACUUGGAUCCAACGGCAACAAGGCGAAGUCGUCCAAGGCUCUAAGGACUUCAGCUGGAAGAUGGGAACAGGCAACUGGGGUAUGCGCAAGAUUCCCGUCGUUGUUGGAGAGGUUUGUGCUAUGUACCGUAAUUAUACUUUUAUGCGUGGCGUAUGA